AUGGUACCAUGGCUCCUUCGCUUUGCCAACCCGAUUAAUCAAGCAUUAUGGCACUUAAUAUAUACCAAAAAGUACGACCCUGCUUCCAACCCAUAUGUCACUCCCGUAAAUGCUCGCAAGGAAGUCCGGCGAGAAUAUAUUGCAUUAGCAGCUGUCCAAAGUACUAUGGAGUUUUCGGAUUUCUUGAUUGGACCGAAAGCGAAGAAGGGUGUAGAUGUUCCUAGUGCUCAGUUUCAUGUAAAAGACAAUCCAAUCUGCGGUGAUGUCCGAUCCACCAACACAUGGCUCACCCACAUCGCCAUUGCAAAGUUAGAGAAUGAAUAUUGUCGAAUAAGACUUCUUCGAAAUCUUCUAGUAGUUAAUAGCGACCCAAGCCGGAAAUUCACAAUAUGUGAAAACCAAAACCAACAGAUGAAAGACGUUGUCAUAAGCAGUUGCACUAAGUUCACCACCCACCCCACUACUUAUUGCACGUUCUUCCAUUUCGAGUUCUUCCAGAAGGGGUUAGGUAGUAAGAUUUCCAACCCACGCAGAUAUGUAUUCGCAAUAGGAAUCGGCAUCUUCAGUGACGUAGCUGCCUGUUUCUGUUACUUUAAGAUCAUUUCUCAGCCAGAGGUGAAAUUAUUGAGACUCCAGAACGCCUGCUGGAUUAAGAGUGAAAACUUCCACGAACAUGCGAACUUGCCGCUUCCUUAA